AUGUCAGCAGCGUUAGGGUCGAAAAGUAGUGGGUCGGAUGAGGAAGCUGACAAUCACACGAUGGCUCGAAUGCUAGAAGACGGUAACGGUCGACUUCUAUACGUCGGAGACUCAGCCACCCUUUCAUUCCUGCAACUUCUUCGAAUGAUUGUCGAGACUGCAGCAGGACCGAAUGAUUUCUCUAUGGAUCCUGACCGGCAUCAGAUGACAGAAGUCAAGUUUCAGGACGCAGCUAUUAGUGUGACUCGUCUACUACCAGACAAAGCCACUGCUCUGGUACUUGUUGACUCUUUUUUCACGAACACGUACGGCAUGGUUGAAAUAUAUUCCGAGAAGGAGUUUUUGUCCGCGCUGGACACAUGCUACGCCGAACCGCACUCCAUAGAACGCCAUUGGUUGUGUCAUUUUCAUCUAGUGCUGGCAAUUGGCUUGUGUCUUGCCACUCCAAGAUUCAACACUCAGGAGUGGGAGCUCGUUGAAAGACUGCGCGCACAAUCUCCUAAUCAAGCAGAAAUAUAUUAUGCUACCGCCAAGAGCCUGGUGGAUCCCCUGAGCUGUGCUGGCGAUUGCUCACUUUGGUCGAUACAAGCACUCACACUGCUCUCAGUUUUCAUGCUGCUCAGAAGUGCAAGGAAUGCAGCUUAUCUCUUCGUAGGAAUGGCUAUACGCUCUGGGUAUGGUUUCGGUCUUCAUCGAAGUGAGACGGCUACAAUCUUUUCGGAAGAUGAAAAAGUGGCUCGUCGUAGGCUUUGGCGCUCGCUGUUUGUCCUGGAUCGCUUCUUAGCAGUGGCCCUUGGCCGUCCGGUCGCAAUCGCCGAAGAAGAUAGUUCAGGCGAUGCUAUUCCGAGCAGUGGAUUUGCCAUCCACGAUUUCCCCUCAUCACAGCCCCACCAUUUGUGUGCAACUGGGAUGGAUGCCACAAUACGAAGCUGUCAUCUAAUGGGCAUGAUACUUCGGAGAGUCUACUACCGCCGAAAGGUCUCAAUCGUUGAGACGCAAUCUCUUGCAGGCUUGUGCAGACAAUGGCCUGAAAAACUCUCCCCUGAUCUUCAUUGGCGCCAAGCUUCUCCAGAAUCCCCCAGACAAGCGAUCGCUAUCUUGCAUUGCAAUUUAGCCUACUGGCACUCGAUCAUUAUCUUGACCAGGCCAUUCUUCCUCUAUCUUUUGAGCAUCCAGAUCCAGCAAGAUCGACUCAAAAUUCAUGUCACGGAGCCUCGACGCAAGGCGGAUAUGGAAAAGUUCUCCGAUGCUUGCUUGAUUGCAUCAAGACACACUAUUGCUGUCAUUCAGAACGCUUAUCAAGGAGGCUACUUGCCUACUCUUAACUUCUUUCCGACUUACUGCCUGUUCGCUGCAGCCUUGGUGAUUUUUGUCAACGAUUUCACUCGCCCUUCAAAAAACACUUUGGAUCGUCAACGUAUGCAGAUUGCCAUCGAAAUUCUCAGAUACUGCGCUAAAGAUGAUGUUCAGGCAUCUCGUGCCGUUCGAAUUUUGGAAGUAUUUCGGCACGUCCUUUUGAACCAAGCUCAGCCUAAUCCAUUCGACAUGCAAGUCCCAGAUGGCAUUGGUCCAGUCGUAGGAUCAUACGGCAUGGGGCUAGGUAGCGGUAUGGGUCUACCCGGGCCUAUACCCAUGCCACCUGCUGCGUCUAGCUCCACAAGAGCGUUCCCAUCUCAGCCUGUAGUCUCUCAUUCGAACAUACACCCAGAGCAAACUGCAGGCGAAUUUCCGUUGACUGGUUUCAUAGACUUUGGCAAGAACGCCUUGAAUAAUGCUUCUGGAGGGACAUCUCAGAUUGCAGAUGAGGAUAUAGAUUUUGAAUCCUACUGGCAAUGGCCUGACGCUAGUCCAUUACCGACGGGGGGAUACACACACGGAUAG